UUCGAGAAUUUUUUUUUUUUUUUUUCUUUACUGAGUGUGCGGUUUUGUUUCACUGUUUUGAGUGGGCCGGUGGUUGUUUUGCGGCUGAAACUGUGAAACAAAGAUCAGAAAUGAAGAAGACUAUGGUCAACCUCGUUCUCUAUUCUGUAUCACUGCUUGAGCUCCAAAGUUUUUGCGUACUGGCUCACUGUACGCAAGAAGACAGCGAGCAAGGUAUUUGUCAGACAGGCAGUGGUGAGAACAAGUACGCCGAGGCUGUCAACACACGCUGGACUGCAUACUUAAACAAGGUUAAUGAAAGUUUACAUAAAUACAAACCGUGCGACGAAGAAGAUCGUCAGUGUGCCUGCCACGAAAAAGUGAUCGAGAACGACUUGUCUCUGUGGGCGAAAAGUGGAAUAACCGCUCAAAUUUUUGAACGGGCUAAACCACGGGGCAUUCACUACCAAAUAAUUGACCACAAGCUCUACCGUGGCGAGGAAUGCAUGUUUCCUUUCAGGUGUUCGGGCGUAGAGCAUUUUCUGCUUCAGAUUGUGGACAGACUACCGGAUAUGGAAUUCGUCCUAAACACACGCGACUGGCCUCAGUCAAACAAACAUUUCGAAGCGCUGCCCGUGUUUUCAUUCAGCAAAACAAAGGACUACUCCGACAUUAUGUAUCCUGCUUGGACUUUCUGGGCCGGAGGACCCGCUAUUAGUUUGUACCCUACAGGUAUAGGACGUUGGGACAUACAGAGGGACCUCAUCACCAGGACUGCCGACAAAAAAUGGCCCUGGGACAACAAAAAACCCGUGGGUUUUUUUCGGGGUUCGCGCACUAGCGCAGAACGUGAUCCGCUCAUCUUACUGUCCCGCAGCAAGCCAGAGUUCGUGGAUGCCCAAUACACAAGAAACCAAGCCUGGAAAUCUGACAAGGAUACUCUAGGUGCACCCGCAGCUAAAGAAAUCAGAUUUGAAGAUCACUGCGAGUUCAAGUAUCUGUUCAACUUCCGAGGAGUCGCCGCCAGCUUCCGUCUGAAGCACCUGUUUCUGUGCAAAUCGCUUGUGCUGCACGUGGGAGACGAAUGGCUGGAAUUCUUUUAUCCCGCAUUAAUUCCGUGGGUGCAUUACAUACCAGUACGGACGGACUUGGAAGAUGUGGAAGAGUUGUUAGAAUUUGCGAAAGAAAACGAUAAGGUGGCUCGUGAGAUUGCGGAGCGGGGAUACGACAUGAUAUGGAAACAUUUGAGAAUGGAAGAUGUUACGUGCUAUUGGCUAAAAUUGCUGGAGAAAUAUGCCAAGCUGCUCAGAUAUAAAGUCAAGCAUGAUAAGAGCUUAAUACGGAUCACUUCCAGCAUGAAGGCCUGAAUAGUAAGCGAGGAAGGCAUACGAAUUAUGAAAACUGCUGGCCAAGCCUGCAUAACUGAAACCUUUUGGAUAAGGCACAAUGCAGAAAAUAAUGGUCACUAACAAGCAUAACUAUGUGCCUCAACCAAGCAGUCCUAUGACAUCGAGGCGAUAGCCUUCGGGUUGCUGACAGCUGAAGUGCUCUGGCAGGAGAUUUAGCUGCGACUAUUUUUUGCAAGUGAGCAUUGAAGAUGCUUAUAUUUCGUAUUUGUAUUGGUGAUUACACAUUCACGUCACAACUCACCGACUGCCUUAACCUGUUGCUAUGUUGAAUUAAAAAAAACUGGAGA